AUGGAGCCCUCUUCAAUGGUCCUGCUGGGGCUCCUUUUUGUUCAUGGACUACUAGCCUGUGGUGCCCAGCAGACUCAUGGGAGUCCGUCAGACAGCAGCCAUGGCAGGGAAAGGACCCAUGAAUUUGAGAGUAGUGAGGAUGAUUUGGAGAGAGAGUUUCUCUAUGCUGGAAGGACCAAGCGUGCUCCAGCUGAGCAGCCGCAGGACAAGUGCUCCUACACUUUCAUUGUGCCUCAACAAAAAGUGACCGGAGCCAUCUGUGUCAACUCCAAGGAGCCAGAGGCAAUGCUGGAGAAUCGGGUCAACAAGCAGGAGUUAGAGCUGCUAAAUGUGGAGCUACAGAAACAGAAGAGGCAGAUCGAGACCCUGCAGCAGUUGGUAGAGGUCGACGGAGGUAUUGUCAACGAGGUCAAGCUCCUGAGGAAGGAGAGCCGUAACAUGAACUCCAGAGUCACUCAGCUGUACAUGCAGCUGCUCCAUGAGAUCAUCAGGAAGAGAGACAAUGCCCUCGAAUUGGCUCAGAUGGAAAACAAGAUCCUGAACCAAACCUCUGAGAUGCAACAGCUCACCAGUCGAUACAAGGAUCUCGAGCACAAGUACCAGCACUUGGCUUCUUUGGCCACGAACCAAUCAAGUCUUAUUGCUCUGUUGGAGCAGCAGUGCCAGAGUCGCCCUCCCCCUCGUCCCGUGCCGGUCCCCCAGCCACGGUCUCAACCACCUCUACCAUCACCUCCUCUCACCAAGCCUUACCAGCCACCUGUCCUUCCACGAAUUAGCAAAACAAUCAGCAACGAGAUCCAGAGUGACCAAAAAUCUAUAGUGCCUCUGCCAACGAUGCCCACUGGCACACACAGCCCCUCCACCACUAACAAGCCCUCUGGGCCAUUUAAAGAUUGUCUGCAGGCUCUGGAUGAUGGCCACACUUCCAGCGGCAUGUACCUGGUGAAGCCAGAGAAUGCCAACCGCCUUAUGCAGGUGUGGUGUGACCAGAGACAUGACCCAGGCGGCUGGACCGUGAUACAGAGGAGGGUGGACGGCUCUGUCAACUUUUUCAGGAACUGGGAGACAUACAAGCAAGGUUUUGGCAACAUUGAUGGUGAGUACUGGCUGGGUCUGGAGAACAUCUACUGGCUGACUAACCAGGCAAACUACAAAUUGCUGGUCACGCUGGAGGACUGGUCCGGCAGGAAGGUGUUUGCAGAGUAUGCCAGCUUCAGAGUGGAGCCUGAGGCCGACUUCUACAAGCUAAGGGUGGGCCGUUAUCAUGGCAACGCUGGAGACUCCCUCACCUGGCACAACGGCAAACAAUUCACAACACUGGACAGAGACCAUGAUACAUAUACAGGCAAUUGUGCCCACUACCAGAAGGGAGGCUGGUGGUACAACUCUUGUGCCCAUUCAAAUUUGAAUGGAGUUUGGUACAGAGGAGGACACUACCGCAGCCGCUACCAAGAUGGAGUCUACUGGGCUGAGUUCAGGGGAGGAGCCUAUUCACUCAAGAAAGUGGUCAUGAUGAUCCGUCCAAACCCAAACACCUUCCACUAA